AUGUCGCAAGACGGAAGAUCACUACGCUCACGCAAACGGGACCUGCCUGUCCCCACGCCUACGCCCUCGUCCGGCAAUACUACGUCCGGCGCAACCAAUACGUGGAGCAAAGGCACCAGUGGCGACCAGAAAACUAGUGAUGAGAAAGAAAAUGAGUCGGUACACUCAGACGAGCGUCAUAACGAUACAGUGGUAGUUCGCAGUCGGUCGAAUACUUUAGUGCCACCCGUUGUUGCGCCACCGCCGCGAGCGCCGUCUGUUCGCGAGUCAGUUAGGUCUGUUCGCGAAUCGGUAAGUAGGGACCGCGAUAGUGAAUUAACCGUGCUGUUAGCAGAGCUCGAGGUUCGUAAAGCCGCUCUAGUCGUAGCCAAAGCAGAGUCCGAUACUGCCAAGUUAAUGCUGCAGAUUGCCCAAGUUAAGGCGCAGUCUGACGGCGGCAGUGUCGAGUCCGAGGCCGAGGUACGAACUAGAAGUUGGGUAGAACGACAAGCGACGCUACAGCGCGAGAUCGCGCGUAAAAACGUAAAAAUCCCGCCGCCGAAAGAGACCGCGCCGCGCGCCGCGCCCAACCGGGCCAGCAAACCGCAACCGCGAUAUUUAGAGGUACCACACGGUACCUACCCGCCGAUGUAUCACAAGCCGCCUGAGUUACCCCCGUUCGGCGGAGAUAUCACCGAAUGGAUAUCGUUUAGAGCGGAGUUCGAGGACACGUCGCCCAUGUUUAGUGCCGUCAAUAAUGUCAGUAGAAUCAGACGCGCGCUUAAAGGCGAGGCCCGGACGGCCGUAAAAUCGAUCAUGUACACUGUUCAGGAUCCAUACGAAAUUAUGGAAGCGCUAGAACGGCAAUUUGGCGACCCCGAGGAAAUUGUGCUUACGGAGCUGCAUAAUAUCAAACGCAUGCAAACACCGGCUACUAGAUCGCGAGCUGUAGUGAACACGGUAUCUUUUGAACACGAACCUAGGCGGUCGAGCAACGCUCCCUCUAGAUCUCGCGUCCCCGCGUUCUCCCGCGACUGUAGCACGGGCUCGGAGUCAGAUUUCCACGAAGAUUACCCACGCGAAACGGAGAGUAGAUCGCGUAGUAAACAUACUGUCGCACAAGUAAAACCACGCGAAAAUAACAAUAAAAAAAAACCCGCGUCAACCGGAGCUAGACCCAAACAGCAGAUAUCGUCCGUCCCUGUCUCGCGCAGCACGUGCGCCAUUUGUAAGAGCGGGAACGAGCACAAAGUCAGUGCGUGCUCCAAGUUUUUAGCCGCAACGAUAUCUGAGCGUUGGGAUCUGGUGAAGGGUGCUAGAUUGUGCUACAGAUGUUUGGACGUGAAUCACCGUAGGCCGUUUAAGUGUAAAUACGUCGCGUGCGGUGUAAAUCAGUGCGAAGCCGGACACAGUAAGCUGUUACACGGACUGAACGCGGCCGCGCCCGCGAACGGUAACAGUACGCCGGCCGUAUCUGUAAACAAUAUUAGACUCCCGCAAACGUAUCUUAAAGUCAUGCCUGUGGAGGUGUCGGGACCUUUAGGUACCGUACAAACCCUCGCGCUACUCGAUGAAGGCGCGGCAAUGACUUUAAUGCUGCACGAGACAGCUGACAAAAUCGCGCCUCGUGUACGCGGAGAGACGCUAGAAAUUGAAGGAAUAGGCGGCAGAGUCACAGACCCUGAUUCGUAUUCACUACAGGUCGCGAUUAGGGGUUUUUGUAGCCGACAUUUGGAGUUAAUGGAGGUGCUCACGAUAGGCGAUAUAGGUAUAGGUUCGCAAGGCGUACCACGUGACUUAGUCGACAAGUGCGAACAUUUGUCGAAAAUCGCGGACGAGUUAAGUUACCCGACGUCAGUACCUACUAUCGUGAUAGGCCAAGAUAACUGGCACCUCAUCAUUUCUCGGCAAGUCAUAGACGGCCCGCCUAACCUUCCCGUCGCGAGUCUAACUAGAUUAGGAUGGGUCCUACACGGCCCAGACCGAACGCGUCGCGCCGCGGUAAAUUUUGUUGGGCACGCACGGCCUAAAACCGCGGACGACGAAGCUCUAGAGCUUAUGAAACAGCAUUUCGACAUAGAAUCGUUAGGCGUUUCGCAAAAGUUGCCUCGGGCCGAUCCCGACCAACGCGCGCUAGACUUAUUAAAAGCCACGUGUGAUAAGAUACCGGGGGAGAAUCGGUAUCGAGCGGGCUUAUUAUGGCGAACUGACGACGAAAAACUCCCCGAUAACCGAGCGCAAGCGUUAAAGCGGCUAUUCAGUCUAGAACGUAAACUAGACCGCGACGUAAAGUUGAAAGCCGAAUAUACGAAACACAUGAACAAUUUGCUCGAUAAAGGUUACGCGGAGAAAAUGAACUCGCCCCCGCCCCCCGAUUCACCUCGGACGUGGUACCUAGCUCAUUUCCCCACAUUUCACCCACAGCGCGGUAAAAUGCGGUUAGUUUGGGACGCGGCUGCUACAGCAUACGGACGUUCACUCAACAGCGCGCUGUUAGCCGGCCCCGACUUGUUAGAGUCACUUUUUGGCGUAUUAGUGCGAUUCCGCGAAGGUAAAAUCGCGGUGAUAGCCGACGUCAAAGAGAUGUUUUUACAGAUCGAAAUAGUAGAGCGAGAUCGGGACGCGUUACGUUUCGUUUGGAGGGGGGAAGACCGUACAUCUCCUCCACAAGAGUACAGAAUGAAGCGGCUUAUAUUUGGAUCGGCAGCGUCGCCGACAACCGUGUUAUAUGUCAAAAACGAAAACGCAAAAACGCAUAGUACUGAGUUUCCAAUCGCAGCUGAAAAAACAAUUAAAAAUACGUACAUGGACGACAUGUUGAUCGCCCUCGACACGUCAGAGGAGCACGCCAGACGCGUAGUAAACGAUAUUUACGAGCUAAACAUGCGCGCGUCCUUCGAACUCCGCGGGUUCGCUUCGAACCACCCUGCGGUAAUUUCUGACGUAAUUAAUAGCAAAGAGGAAACGUCUUUGUUAGGCGCGAGCGAGAGCGAACGUGCCUUAGGUUUGAAAUGGAAUCACAAGCGUGACACCUUAGGUUUCAACGUGAACUUUCGUAAUACGCCCGAAGACGUACUUAACGGUCAGAAAUUGCCAACGAAGCGACAGGUAACGAGUAGCGCGAUGUCAAUAUUUGAUCCGAUCGGUUACGUAAGCCCCAUAUCCGUCUUAGGCAAGGCGUUAAUGCAGGAAAUAUGGAGGACAGGAAUCGGUUGGGACUCGCCUAUACCCGUCUCUCUCGCACCCGCCUGGCGAUCGUUCAUCGAUAACGUACAACAAUUACGAGACUUAGAGAUUCCGCGACACGUGCCCGCAUUUAAUAGGGAGGCAUAUAUGCAUGUUUUUUGCGACGCGAGCGAAAAAAUAUAUGCCGCGGCCGUGUAUUUAGUUAGCAUUCCGAGGAUGGAAUUGCAGAGCUGCGUACUAGCUACUAGAUUAGCGGAAACCAUAGUCAAGGAGUCAGAUUACGUAAUAAAGGACAAGUAUUUUUGGUCUGACUCCAAAACGGCGCUCACGUGGAUACGUUCGGACCCACGUAGGUAUAAAACAUUCGUAGCACAUAGGUUAGCAGAAAUCGAGAACACUACCACCCCCGCCAACUGGCGCUGGGUGCCUAGUGCAGCUAACGUGGCUGACGACGCGACUCGCGGUAUACCUGCGCAAUUCGGAGUGAACCACCGGUGGUUCAUAGGGCCCGAUUUUAUACGUAAACCCGAAGAGCAUUGGCCGACCGAAAAAGCGCCAACGCCCGUCGCCGAUACGGGCGAAGAGCGCGUCAACAAACUCGUAUGCUCAGUAGGUGUCGCGAAAAAUAAGUUUGAGUACCUGCCGGAGGUAAGUAGGUUCUCAAAGUUCGUACGACUAGUUCGCGCCACCGCUAGGGUUCUGGUUGCCGCCGAGGUAUUUAAAGCCUCACUGCUAUCUAAGAAAACAGAUACAGAAAUGAAUAAGGGGCAUUUAAAUUUAGCAGAGAUAUUGCUAAUUCGCCGGAGUCAACAUGCUGCCUUUCCAGAGGAGAUUAAGCUAUUGAAAACUGGGCGGCCUCUACCGAAGAAGUCUCCGCUGCAUAAGAUAGCAAUACAACUUGAUAAGAACGGAGUCAUAGUGCUAAACGCUAGAAUUGACAAAGACGUGCACAUACCCGUCCUACACGCAAAAGAAGACUUCGUCAAGCUGCUAAUACAUCAUUUUCAUGCGCUCUUCGACCACGGCAACCACGCAACCGUCAUCAACGAGUUGAAGCAGAGAUAUUUUAUUAUCGGGCUGCGCGGUAAUAUUCGCUAUAUAGCGAACAAGUGCCAAUGGUGUCGGACCUAUAAAGGAACCACACUCAAGGUUCCUGUAGGCGACCUCCCGCCAGAGAGGCUCCAGGCGAAUCAACCGCCAUUUACCGCUGCAGCCGUAGACCUGUUUGGCCCUAUGCAAAUCACAAUAGGCCGCCGCCGCGAAAAGAGAUGGGGUGUACUAUACACAUGCCUCACGACACGCGCUGUGCACUUAGAGCUUGCCGCCUCACUUUCGGCAUCCUCUAUGAUACUUUCCUUGCGCAGAAUGAUAGCGCGACGCGGCACGCCUACAGUUCUUUACUCUGACAACGCCACCAACUUUUACGGCGCAGAGCGAGAACUGGCAGAAGCCAAGAAGACGCUGCCCGACACUUUAAAGCCAUUUUUGAUCGAGCGAGCCAUAACCUGGAAAAAGAUACCGCCCGGCAACCCUUCCGCCGGCGGUGCAUGGGCUCGUAGGCAGCGUGAAAAGGUCACUAAAGGUAACACUCAAAGAGAGAGCACCUCACGAAGAAGUUCUGCAUACAUUACUGCUGGAAGCCGAGCACAUAGUCAACUCUCGACCGUUGACACCAGUGAAUCCAGACCUAGACAGCGAAGCUCGGACGCCGAACCAUUUUCUCAUCGGGCGAUCGAGCUCAAUGUCACCACUGGGCGUCUUCACAGACGCGACUAUGUCACUCUCGUCAUGGAAGACAGCGCAGACCUUAGCCGACCAUUUUUGGAGGCGCUGGCAGCGAGAAUACCGACCCAGCCUCCUCCCUCGGCCCGGUGCUCAUCAGAACGUGAAGAAACUACAUGUAGGCGACGUAGUCAUCGUAGCGGACAGCUCCAUGCCACGAGGAAUAUGGCCUAG